CGGCAGACGUUUUUCAAGAACAGCUAAUUUCGGAUGAAUCACUUCCGCAGAAAUGAAAUUUGAUGAGUUUUGAUAGUUUUGCUUUAAAUUUUAGCGAUAUACUCGUCUUAUCUUCAAAUCAAUGGAGUUCACAGAGAGGCUGGGCAAUUGCCCAUUUGCAUCUCUGAUUGCAUCGAUCAUCGUGUUUGUGGGUGUGGGGCUGUUCUGUGGGGGCCUGUACCGCGCCCUCACUAUCAUCAUCAAGUCUGUUAUGCAGGAGCUGUUUGGAUUCGAUGUAUCAUGGCUGGAGGUUCUGCAGAUCGUGUUUAUUGUGAUCGCAUGUGUGAUGGGGCUGUUUGCCAUUCUCUUGUUGAUCUUCGCCUUCCUUGCAACUGGAGCGACCAGGAAAAACGUGUAUUCUGGGGCCAGUUGCAUCAUGGGAGGCCGUAUCUCGGCAGCUUUUUUCAUGUUCAUCUCCUACCUACUGAACCUGGUGUGGCUGGUGAUCUCUGCCGUGUGUGUGAUUCCAAUUGUCGGCUACCUCAUGGUCCACUCCAUCUGCGCCACUGAGGUCUACAGUAAGGACGCAAACAGUCUCAACGGAUACUGCUUCACACUCACUAAUUUUGGUAUAUACAGAAACCAAUCCUACCCCCUGGGGAUCACACCACCGGGCCGGGAACAACUCUGCGGCCAUACGGAGCUUAGACGCUUCUGUGAUAAGAUCGAGGAAUCUGGCCCCAUGUUCUGUGUAGCACUAGUGGGGUCUGUGUUGAUCUGUCUUGGCAUGCUGCACUUCAUGAUAAGCCUUGCAGCCAAUUACACAAGAAUCCGAAUCUCGAAGGAGCUGACAGACUAUCGUGAUGCGGUGGACAUGGAGGAGCUGGAGCUUCACUCUGCAGUGGACAAAGGCUCCUCCCAGUACUGACAUACGAAGCGCUGGCUGGACCCCACAUCACGACUCACUGAGGCACAGGAAGACAAUGGUUACGAUGACGAUGAUGAGGAUGAAGAUAGCAGUGUGCACUCAAAUGAAGUCGCUGAAAUUACAAGACGAUAGGGUGGUCUAACAUUAGUGUUUGUUUGUGACCCUUAAUUUUGACAUCUGGCACCUAUAUCAUGAAAACAGUCAAAUCUCAUUCUCAGACUCAACUCAAUUUAAAUCAUAAAAGCAUAGUAUGAUAGUAAAUCUUGCAUGUUUUUGUACUUUUUGAAACCAUACUUUUUAAAUAGAAGGUGUUGGUAAAAAUAAAUUGUAAAUAUUUCAAAGAAAAUAUAAUUCUAAAGCAAAAAAUAUACUUGGGUUAUUGAUGAAAAAUAAUAAAUAGUACUCAAUUACUAUUUUGGGUGUUGAAUAUUUUUCCAUUGGAAUUUUGACCGAAGAUUAUAGAAUGCGCUCUUAUAGGGUGUAAAAACAUACAUGAAUUUAAUAACUUUUGCUUUUAUACGAUAAAAUGAGUUAAGAUUAAGAUUUUAUAAAAGCAUUUUCGUGAUAUUGGGGCCUGGUCUUAAAAAUGACACUUAAACUUUUCGAUAGUGAUUUACCCAAGUAUGUGCAUAGUGAUAGGAAGAUUAAGGGUCACAUAUUCAGUUCAUGGGCCAGUUUGAAUGGAAAAAGUAUCAUUCCGUGUUGGUUGUUCAUAAAUGUAUGAAUGAAAGAAAAACACCCAAGAGUUUUUCCACUUGUCAUUCAUAAAAAAUGUUCCUUUAACAAAUAUUUCUUCAUGACAUCUGAUGCAUUUUCCCGCAUUGUAAACAUCAAAAUAUACAAUCAUAACAUACCAUCACAACAUGCCAUCACAACAUGCCAUCAUAACAUGCCAUCACAACAUACCAUCAUUACAUAACAUCAUAAUCUUUCCUAUGUUGAUCUUUAAAGGUAUUUAGGCAAAAUGUAUAUAAUACUAAGUGUGAUGAAACACAAUAUAUUUAUGUUUUCAGCACCAGGGUGCAUUGUUAUCACCUAAUACUCUUUUAAGGUUGUACUUGAGGAAACAUAUCAUAGUUUAUCAUAAACUAGUUUCUUGUCUUAUGACAGAUUGAAGAUAUUUUUUUCUGCAAAAUAAAACGUGCACAUAAUUUGUUGAACUGCAUUUAAUUAAAAGAUGUACAUAGAAAACAAAUAGACAUAUACAGCAACAACAUUUAAUGCAUUCAAGCAAUUAUGCCUAUAGCUUGCAAACAAUGAACAAGCAAUACAGAUGUCAUUUAAACAAUUAGAGUCACUGUAUUUAUGAUAGUUUUAUUGAUAGGAAUCCCCAGAUGUCCUAAUUAUUUGCUUUUAUCGAUGAUAUUUUUAGCUUAGUUUAAUGAAAACCACUUCGUCAUAUAUGUCAUGAUAUUCUAUAACAGUACUGUUUUUCUCAAUAUGAUGUUUCAUUGCUAUUUGAUCCUUUUAUGUCUGAAAAUAGCUCAUUGAGCUAAUGUUUUUUGUAAGCCUACCCAUCUUUAAAUAAAGAUUCUUGUAUCUUAUUGUGCACAAUAUUAAUUUCCUCUUGAAAAUUGAUAUUAUUGUAAACAGAUUUCCUACUGUUGCCAGAGAGGAUUCAAAAUAGUUGUGUAUCUAAAGGUAAUGAAACAUGGGUAAUUUUUCUUUUGUUGAAACAUAACCAAUCGUUUUUUAGUCCUUUAAUAAUUCAUAAGGCAACUCUUCCCAAGAAAGACAUCGCUUGUGACUUUUGGAAGAAAUAUUUUAUACUUAAACCAUUGUAGAGACCAGGAGCUAUAUUCAUAACACAUCUUGGUGAAUAGUUUUGAAUAAGUGAAAUUUAAAGAAAACUUACAUGAUUACUAAAUGUUUUUACACCAAAGUUAUGAAAAUAAGGAAGAAUAAGAAAACCAAAUAAUAAAGGCUUAAAUAUAAAUUUGAUGAUAAAAAGAGGGUACUCAAAAAAAAAUGUUUUUGACAUUCAAAAAAAUAAUUUGUUGAAAUAUUCACAAAAAUGUUUUAUGAAAUAAGUUGAAAAAAUUUACGAAAAUGUUUUAUGAAUACAGCCCCUGAUGUAGGUCAUUUCACUUUAAAGUCUCGGGUCGAUUUAGCAUAUUGAAUUAAAUUUUGCCCUCAUUGUUGUAAAGUGCAACUUUAUCACCUCUUUAUACGGAGGUUUUGUGGUUCUUCAUCAGUCUAUAAAGUGCCUUGUUUGUGACUGUGAAUACACUCAGUUUCCAAAGAGGUUGGUAAAUUUAAUUGUAUAUGUGACUUUUCUUCAGGGUUAUUUGUUACAUAAACUAAUGCCUCUUAAAGACAAAAUAGUUUGAAAUCUGAAAAAAAUAUUUUUAUUAAAGGUGAAACAUUUUAUUUACUCUAAAGUAUUUGUUUUACUAUAAGUAAUCUUUCAAAUAAGCAUUGAAUUAUUGUAACAAAAUGAACCCUAAGUUUGAAUACAAUUUAUUAUCAGUUUUAAAUUGUUCAUGUAAUUUUCAGUUAUUCAUGAAUGGUGUAGAGUCAGAUAUUGUUUUGCCAAUGUAAUUGUAUGGUUUUUUUUACGCGAACAUAUGUUUUUCGUGUUGCGUUUCAUUGCCAGUUUUUACAACAAGAACAUUUUAUAUGUCUAGGGAAAGUGAAAUGAAAUUAUGUUGUUUGUCUGUUUGUGACAUCUAUGAAAAUGUCAACUGAAAAAGAUUAAGCAGUGAUACCAAUUACUUGCCCUAUGGAUUAAAAAACAGACAGACACUGAUUACGUUCAAAUAAGGAAACAACAGAAAAUCGCAAGGGGUGUUCAGAUAAUUUUAUUAGCCUAAUGGAUUGGGCAUGGGUUUUGGAUUAUGAGAUUUUGCUUAUGUCUGUAGAGAACAAUGUUUUCUGUGAUGAUUAUAAAACUUAUAUAUCAGGUGAUUUAGAUAAACAUAUCAAGUUAAUAUCUGUGAAUUUUACAAUGUAAUUUGAGUGAUAUUCUAAGAGCAUUUAAAGAGUUGUUUAUACAUGUCCAUGAUUAAAUGUUUCGGUACUUUUUUGUAGUGUCCAUUAUGACCUAUAUAUGUAGACAGUUUCGUUCAUUUGUCGUUACUUUCUCUGUGUAUGGCAUCCAUUUGUAUUUGAGUUUUGUGAAGGUCCUUAGGGUUUCUAAUGGUGAUGGAAGGUAUCUCCUUCAUUUUAUUUUUUUUUGUGAUAUUUAUUUAUUCAUUCAAGUACAGAAAAGUUUAGAGACGAUCACUUAUUCUCUUGAUAACCAUGUGUUUUCAAGGCAGAGUACACAGGCCGCUUUAUAAAUUUGUAAAUAUUUACUCUUUGUGAUAUUGACCCAGUUUGUUUUCAAACAAUUGAUAAGAUCUAAUUUCAUGAAGAACACAUAGAAGACUGUAUUAUUGGCAAAUGUUUUGACAAACCAUAGAGGACCAUCGCAUUGCAUUCAUCACAUUCAAUAUUAUUGUAUUCACCUUUUUAUUUUUCCAUAACUUUUUUUCCAUCUCAACUUUUCAACUUUUCAAUUUUUUACUGAAUGUUGGUAUAUAUGUUAUGAAAAUCAGGGGUUUUAAAGAAGUUCAUUUGACAUCUUUAUUUUAGGCCCCUCUGGUAAGUGUGUAAAUUGGCCUAUCAGCUAUUGUUAGACAUUCCAGCCAGCUUUAGGUUUAUUUUUGUACUAAUAUUUUUAUAUUAUUUAAUGGAUUUCAUUUUAAUGCAUAUUAUGCCUUUAUAAAUACUGUAUAUUUUUUAUUUGAUUAAAAAUCAUUGUUCUCAUACAUAUGUUUAUACCAUAUUAACAUUAUUUUGUAUAAACUAACAUAUCAGGAAUGGUCAUAAGCAUUGAAAUCUGUAAAUUUUAUUUACAUGUUAUAAUGUAGCACAUUUUUUUAAUAUUCUUUCAUUUAUUUUUAAGAAUUUGACAUUCAAUUUGUCUUUGUAAAUACCAUAAUUCAUCAUCACCCACAAACAAUCAUGUUUUCCAAAAUGCAGGAAAGUUGCAGUUGUAUGUCAUAUUGUGAACUCAUUUAGAUUUGCUGUCAAUCUUUAUUGUAAUAAAUAUGGUAUCUCUUUUA